AACACCACUCUUUAGAUGAAACAAGUGCAGUUUGAAUGCAGAAAGGCGUCAAAGCAGAGAGCAAUGCCUACAGGACAAGGGAAAGAUGCCCAACCAGAGGGGCGCCCCGAGCUGGGCGAAGUGGACGGGAUUCCCCUGGCAAAGGCUACUUGUCAGGAAUGGAGCCGGAUCCAGAACUUCCAGGCAAAGCCAGACGACCUGCUCAUUUGUACAUAUCCCAAAGCCGGUACCACCUGGAUACAAGAGAUAGUGGAUAUGAUCCAACAAGAAGGCGACCUGGAGAAAUGCCAGCGGGCCCCUGUGCAUCAUCGCCACCCAUUCAUUGAGUGGGCACGGCCACCCCAGCCCUCAGGGGUUGAUCAAGCAAACGCGAUGCCUUCUCCACGGACUCUGAAAACCCAUCUCCCCGUGCAGUUGCUCCCUCGGUCCUUUUGGGAGCAGAACUGCAAGGUAAGGGAUGGGAAAGGGGGCCUCACACUUUGGGAGGAGACACCCUUUGGCUUCAUUCUGAGAGGUGGAUCCUAG